UCGCCGGGCCUUAUCCCCUUUGUGCCAUCCGGGUCUCUCGCACGAGCGAUUUGGUCUGGAACGAAGGUUCGGGCCGCUGGUACGGUUGAAAGCGUUGAGUGGAGGCGCCGCUUUAGCGGCCAGUACUCUGGAAUAUGGCGGCUAGUGAUACAGAACGAGAUGGACUAGCCCCAGAAAAGACAUCCCCAGAUAGAGAUAAGAAAAAAGAACAGUCAGAUGUCUCUGUUUCUCCUAAAACCUCAAAGCAUCAUUAUUCAAGAUCACGAUCAAGGUCAAGAGAGAGAAAACGAAAAUCAGAUAAUGAAGGAAGAAAGCACAGGAGUCGGAGCAGAAGCAAAGAGGGAAGAAGACAUGAAUCCAAAGAUAAAUCCUCUAAGAAACACAAGUCUGAGGAACAUAAUGACAAAGAACAUUCUUCUGAUAAAGGAAGAGAACGACUAAAUUCUUCUGAAAAUGGGGAGGACAGACACAAACGCAAAGAAAGAAAGUCAUCACGAGGCAGAAGUCAUUCAAGGUCUAGGUCCCGGGAAAGGCGGCAUCGCAGUAGAAGCAGGGAGCGGAAGAAGUCUCGAUCUAGGAGUAGAGAUCGGAAGAAAUCACGGUCCAGAAGCAGAGAUAGGAAAAAGUCACGAUCCAGAAGCAGAGACAGAAAACGGCGGAUUAGAUCUCGUUCCCGCUCAAGAUCAAGACACAGGCAUAGGACUAGAAGCAGGAGUAGAACAAGAAGUAGGAGUCGAGAUAGAAAAAAGAGAAUUGAAAAACCAAGAAGAUUUAGCAGAAGUUUGAGCCGGACUCCUAGUCCACCUCCUUUCAGAGGAAGAAAUACAGCGAUGGAUGCACAAGAAGCUUUAGCACGGAGGUUGGAAAGGGCAAAGAAAUUACAAGAGCAACGGGAAAAGGAAAUGGUUGAAAAACAGAAACAACAAGAAAUGGCUGCAGCUGCUGCAGCCACUGGAGGUUCUGUUCUCAAUGUUGCUGCCCUGUUGGCAUCAGGAACACAAGUGACUCCUCAGAUAGCUAUGGCAGCUCAAAUGGCAGCCCUUCAAGCCAAAGCAUUGGCAGAGACCGGAAUAGCUGUGCCAAGCUACUAUAAUCCAGCAGCUGUGAAUCCAAUGAAGUUUGCUGAACAAGAGAAAAAAAGGAAAAUGCUUUGGCAAGGCAAGAAAGAAGGGGACAAAUCCCAGUCUGCUGAAAUAUGGGAAAAAUUGAAUUUUGGAAACAAGGACCAAAAUGUCAAAUUUAGGAAGUUAAUGGGUAUUAAGAGUGAAGAUGAAGCUGGAUGUAGUUCAGUUGAUGAAGAAAGUUACAAGACAUUGAAGCAACAAGAAGAAGUAUUUAGAAAUCUAGAUGCUCAGUAUGAAAUGGCAAGAUCACAAACCCACACACAAAGAGGAAUGGGUUUGGGCUUCACAUCUUCAAUGCGAGGAAUGGAUGCAGUGUGAAAAAGAUCACACUUUUUAAAGCUUGGGACUUUGUAGACUUCUUGCUCAGAUGUCAGGUCCUUGUUCACCAAACAGCUAGCAUUCUAGCUUGCAUGGGUGUUGCAUUGACUUUAAUUUAUUGAAAAAUACAAUUUUUUGUAAAUAUCAGAUCAGUGAUAACUGGUGUUAGUGUCGUAAUCAGGUUAAAUCCACUUCCAUUAAACUUGACAGGACUAUAGAAGGACAAUAUUUUUAGUUAAUGAAUUCUACUUUUCAAAUAUAUUAAAGCUGCAGGUGGGAUAAAAUCUCAUACAUAAAUCUUUUCGUGUCUGCUGUCUUGUGUACUUUUGUACUUAACCUUGUACAGUUAUUUUCAUCUCUUGAAACAUGAAAGAAAUGUUAUGUAGAUGUUCUUUAGAAGAUCUGGCCAUUUGGUACAUAAUCCAGCACAAAUGAGCUGGGUGGUGAUGAUAAUAAAAAUGGUUUUCUCAAAACUUGUUAAUUUAAGUUAUCUAGAAUUCUUGUUUAAAUUGGUUUUAUAAUUUUUGUAGCAUUUUGUAAUUGCUAUUUGAAAGCACCAGUUAGAGAAAUGUUCCCCUCAAGAUUAGUUAUUUCUGUAGGUAAAACCAUGAUGAGCAGAAAUAUUUUAUAUUCCCUUUCAGGAAGAUGAGAGCAAACAUUAAAGAAUACUGGUUUCCUAAUAUCAUAAAGGAUGGAAUUGGUAUAUAGUAUUUGUUAAAAUAUUCCAUGAUUUAGGAAAUAGAUUUAAUGAAUUAAAGGGAUGUAAGCACUUUUAUUUUAAUAAAGUGCCUUAUAACAAGU